AUGACUGAGUACAAACUGGUGGUGGUUGGAGCUGGAGGCGUGGGCAAGAGUGCUCUCACUAUUCAGCUCAUCCAGAACCAUUUUGUAGAUGAAUAUGACCCUACCAUAGAGGAUUCGUACAGGAAGCAGGUGGUGAUUGAUGGAGAGACAUGUCUGCUGGAUAUCCUGGACACUGCAGGUCAGGAGGAGUACAGUGCCAUGAGGGACCAGUACAUGAGGACAGGGGAAGGCUUCCUCUGUGUAUUUGCCAUUAAUAACACCAAGUCAUUUGAGGACAUUCACCAGUACAGGGAACAGAUCAAACGGGUGAAAGAUUCCGAUGACGUGCCCAUGGUGCUUGUGGGUAAUAAAUGUGACCUUCCAGCUCGCACGGUUGACACACGACAGGCUCAAGAGCUCGCCCGAAGCUACGGCAUCCCCUAUAUCGAGACAUCAGCCAAGACAAGACAAGGUGUUGAGGAUGCUUUCUACACGCUGGUGCGCGAGAUCAGACAACACAAGCUGAGGAAACUGAAUCCACCAGAUGAGAGCGGACAGGACUGCAUGAGCUGCCGAUGUGUGGUGUCGUGA